CCUCCCCCCUAGGUCAUCUGAGAUGUCACCUUCUACUUAAACAUCAUCUUCCUGGUUUGAGACCUUAACUCUUGUCUCUGGACUUCUGCUUAGUUUCACAUUCACCACCCAUUUAAACAGAGGACCACCACCUUCCCUUCCUGGAAUUUCUACCAUUUUCUGCUUGCCACAUGCCAUAAUCACCAGCCCCAACUCAGCUAAGAUGGAAGUGUCCGCCCUCUCCGAAACUCUUAAACCUACUCCUGAUCUCAAUCAAGAGUCCUUGGACCCUCGGAUUAUCAUUGCCUUAUUUGAAAUUGGAUCACUUACACCUGUCUUCCAGGGUUCUCUCCCUUGGGUAAAUAAUAGUGACCAUCAAGUAACUGAACAACAGACUGCACAGAAGUUUGAAAAUCUCUUAAAAGAAAUUAAAGAUAUCAUUAAAAGUGUGACAAGUUGUGGAGAGAAGAUCACAGAAGCAACCGAUUCUUUUGAGGAAACCUGUAUUUCUGAGGAUGUGUCAGAACUCAGAGAAAAAAUCGGAGAACUUGAUAAGAUAAAUAAAGUGUUCCUGAAUGACUCAAUUGAUAAUUCAGACCUAGAGAAAGAACAGAAUGCAAAGAAACAGGAGAUUAUAUUGGAAAACCAGAAUUCCAAGGACAUGGUACAAGGUUUUAGAAGGGAUUUGGUAAAUCAUCCAGAAGGAAACAGACCCCUUAAUGAAACCCAACUAAAUAAGGAAAAAGCAAAUUACAGACACCUUUAUGUUCCAGAAGAAAACAGCAAACUUAGGAGCAACAUGGAGCAGUUACUACAGGAAGCAGAACACUGGAAUAUACAACAUACUGAGCUUAGUGAACUAAUAAGAUCAUAUCAGAAAUCACAGAAAGACAUACAAGAAACUCUUGAAAAUGAUGGAGUGCAUUUCCAAACUCAACCAAAUAACGAGGUGUCAGCUAAGCAGGAACUAGAGGAACAAGUGAAGAAACUGGAACAUGACACGUAUGCAUUGCAUUUGAUUGCAGCUUUGCUGGAAAAUGAAUGCCAAAUCUUAGAGCAGAGAGUAGAGCUUUUCAAGGAACUCCAUCAUCAGAAAGAGGGAACUUGGCAAGAAAGGCCAACUCAGACAAAUCAUGAACAGGACAAGGAGAAACAGAAGCUAUCAGAAACAGAGUAUACGGGAAAAAAGCAAGAAAGAGAUGGUAUGUCUCAGAAAAAAGACAAGGUCUGCAAAAGCCUGGAUGCUUGUAGCAAGAAGGCACUUCAUAAUCGCCUCAAUACUCGAAUUGCAAGAAGAGCUUGGAAAAAGAGGUCAUCCAGCAGCCUAACUUAGGAAAUACAAAAGUAGAAGAAAAGGCAAUUCUUCAAAAAGUGUAAUAUGUCAACUCCAGGCAUAAUCAAUCAGCACACCUAGGAUAAAUCUGUUGUUUCAACCAAGAGUGAGGAUUAACACAUUAUUCAUCAUCUUAGUAAUUACAUAAGUUUGGUCUUUCAUGACCAUUAGUGUCAACAAUGAGUUCAUAACCAGGAAGAAGUUACCAAUCUAAAAAAUAAAAAUCUAAAUAAAAAACAAGAAUGAACAAGGAAAA